AUGGCUCUGAUGGAAAAUGUUUCAGAGGUGACAGAAUUCAUUCUUGUGGGGUUAACAGAUGUUCUAGAGCUUCAGAUCCCUUUAUUUAUCAUCUUUACUCUCAUUUAUCUCAUCACUCUGGUUGGCAACUUUGGGAUGAUCAUGUUGAUUCUGUUGGACUCCCGGCUCCACACCCCCAUGUACAUUUUCCUCAGCAACCUCUCUCUGGUGGACUGUGUUUAUACAUCUGCUGUCACUCCCAAGGUAAUGGUGAAGUUUCUCACAGGAAGUAAGAUCAUAUCCUACAAUUCAUGUGCCACCCAGAUGUUCUUCUUUGCAGCCUUUGCCACUAUUGAAAGUUUCCUCCUGGCCUCAAUGGCUUUUGACCGUCAUGCUGCAGUGUGUAAACCCCUGCAUUACACCACAACCAUGACAAGUUCCAUGUGUUUCCUGCUAGUCACUGGCUCCUACAUCUGUGGACUCUUUCAGGCCUCCAUCCAUGUUGCCUUUACUUUCCAUCUCUCCUUCUGUGAUUCCAAUGUGGUUAAUCACUUUUUCUGUGACAUUCCACCACUCUUGGCUCUUUCUUGUUCUGAUAUUCACACAAAUGAGAUUGUGCUCUUCAUAUUGGCAGCAUUUAAUAUCUUUUUCACUCUCUUGAUUAUCUUGAACUCUUAUAUUUUUAUUUUUAUUGCUAUCCUGAGGAUGCAUUCAGCUGAGGGACAAAAGAAGGCCUUCUCCACCUGUGCUUAUCACCUCACUACUGUUUCCAUCUUCUAUGGGACAAUCAUCUUUAUGUACUUACAGCCAAGUUCUGGUCAUUCCAUGGACACAGACAAAAUCUCAUCUGUGUUCUACACCAUGGUCAUCCCCAUGCUGAACCCUCUAGUCUACAGCCUGAGGAACAAAGAAGUCAAGAGUGCAUUCAAGGUGAUUACUGGAAAAGCAAAGUCUUCAUUAGGCUUAGCCUAUUAAUUAUAAAUAGUUUGCAAACCAUGUUGAAAUUUCAUUGGAUCUCUAGUGUCUAAUAAUUUUUUUAUUUUUAUUAAUUAUCUCUUAUCUUUUAUUUCUCUGAGUACUUCCUUCACACUGAGAUCUGUUCAAUCCAUAUUUUGGGAAUAUAACUAGGUUGGAGAAAAUUUUGGAUGUCUUUUAGCAGAAAUAAAAUGUCACUUCUAUUUUAAGAUUAAGGCUAUAAUCCUAGAUAGUAUAGAAUUCCAUACUACAACACACUAUUAAAGUGUUUUGCAGGUAAACCUCAUAGGUAUAUAAUACCAGAAUGAUAUUCUCAAUUUCUUUAAUUCCAAACAACUCUAUGAUUCUUGCACACAGCAAGGAGUCAUUGUUCUUAGAAAUUAGUGCAUCUGAGAAUCACCCUGAGAGAUUAUCAAAAGGCAGAAUCCUAGGAUCUAAUCCAAGAUAAUCUCACCUAGUACAUCUGUGGUGAAAUCCAGAAUUCCAUAGUAGUAUCUUUCACUAUCCACAUCUAUCUGGAUCCUGAGCUUAAAAAUUGCAAGAGUUCCAGUGGUGAAUUUGGAUAAUCGGGAAUACUGUAUAAUAUAAAUGUAUUUAGUUCCUGAAUUUCGAAGAUCAAAAACAGAGUUCAGAGGGCGAUAAUCAGUCUGAAAACAUAUCUGUAUCUCUUUCUUAUUUGAAUUCUAGACAGAAGUUUAACCAUGUCUAACACUUGGACAGCAACAUUUCCUGUUAUAUAUGCUUCUGUACAUUUUCAAUAAAAAUGAAAAAUGAAUUUACAAAACUAGAAA